UCAUUAUGGACUAUACCUAAUAUCCUUACCUAUACAAGAAUAAUAGCGACCCCAUUCAUUGGAUAUUUUAUAGUUCAAGGUGAAACCAACUUAGCCAUUCUGGUUUUUACUUAUUCAUGUAUUACCGAUUUUGUAGAUGGAUAUAUUGCUAGAAGGUUUAAUAUGAAAUCGGUGGUGGGAUCAAUUAUAGAUCCUUUGGCCGAUAAGUUCCUUAUGACAGUUUGUACAGUUUCAUUAGCUGCUAUUAAUCAUAUACCAUUAUCAAUUGCAUUGAUUAUCAUUGGAAGAGAUGUCAUGUUAAGUUUUAUGUCAUUUUAUUAUCGAUACAAAAGUUUAGAAAAACCUAUAACUUUUGAUAAAUUUAUUAGUAUUAAUCAAAUUCCUACUAUAACGGUUCAUCCUAAUCUUUUAGGUAAGAUAAAUACUGGGAUUCAAAUGGUUUAUAUUGGGGGAUUGGUAUUCAAGCCCAUUAUAGAAUCACUGAUAUUGAUGAUAAAUCUUGAUUUAUAUUUCAAUUGGAUCAGUGUUCUUGUAGGAGCUACCACUAUUUUAAGUGGAUUAACUUAUGUGGUUGGAAAGAAUUCAUUUAGGUAUAUU